AAAUCUUCUGGAGACUGGAGAGAAGAGAGGAACUGAAAGAUGUCGAACACCAGCGGCGCACAUAUCCUGGUAUUCCCAUUCCCUGCGCAGGGGCACAUAAUACCCAUCCUCGACCUAAGCUACCAUCUAGCCGUCCGUGGCCUAUCCAUCACAAUCCUCGUCACACCCAAGAAUCUCCCCAUCCUUAAUCAACUCCUCUCCAAAUGCCCUUCCAUCCAAACUUUAGUCCUCCCUUUCCCAAAAUACCCCUCCCUUCCCCCCGGCGUAGAGAACGUCAAGGACCUCCCCCGCGAAACAAACGCCGCCUUCUCUAUGCUACACGCCCUGGGCGCACUCCACUAUCCUAUCCUCCAAUGGUUCCAAUCCCACCCUUCCCCACCCACCGCCAUCAUCUCCGAUUUCUUCCUCGGGUGGACCCACAGCCUCGCCUGCCAGCUCGGAAUCCCACGUGUCGUCUUCGCGACGUCUGGCGCUCUUCCAUUCGCGACCCUUAACUCCCUCUGGCGCACCAUGCCCAAGUUACCAGAUCCAGCUGACGUGGACGCCUCUUUAUCCUUCCCUCACAUCCCUCAUUCCCCGAAAUACCCCUGGAAUCAGCUAUCACCUAUUUAUAGGUAUUACAAGGAGGGAGACCCAGUUUCGGAAUUCAUAAAAGAGGGGAUGCGUGCGAAUCAGGUGAGUUGGGGAAUCGUUUUCAACUCGUUCAGUGAGUUGGAAGGCGAGUAUUUGGAGCACGUGCGGAAGGAUAUGGAGCCCGCGCACGUGUGGGCGGUGGGGCCCCUGCUGCCUUCUGGCGAGGUAGGCCACACGGAACGUGGAGGGGCUAGCUCGGUGCCAGCUGGCGAUGUGAUGAGCUGGCUUGAUGAGUGUACGGAAGGAUCGGUGGUUUAUGUGUGUUUCGGGAGCCAGGUCGUGCUGUCUCGGCGCCAGAUGGAGGCGCUAGCGGACGGCUUGGAUGCGAGUGGGGCCCGAUUCGUGUGGUCCGUCAAGGAGUCCACGGGCGGUCAUGCGGCGGGGGAGUAUGGUGUGGUCCCCGCCGGUUUUGAAGGACGCGUGGCGGGGAGGGGGCUCGUGAUUCGAGGGUGGGCCCCGCAGGUGGCGAUACUGGGUCACCGGUCUAUCGGGUCGUUUUUGACUCACUGCGGGUGGAACUCGGUGCUGGAGGCGAUCGUCGCGGGCGUGCCGAUGCUGACGUGGCCCAUGACCGCGGACCAGUUCAUAAACGCGAGCCUGCUCGUGGACCAAUUGGGCGUCGCGAGCCGGGUCUGCGAGGGGGCCGAGUCAGUGCCUGACUCGAUCCAGUUGGCUCGCACCGUGACUGAGUCAGUGAGUUCGAGCUGGACUCAGAGGACCCGAGCCAAGGAGCUGAGUCGGGCAGCUGAGGGUGCGGUUAGAGAAGGUGGGAGUUCUUACAAGUACUUGGAUGAGUUGGUAACCGAGUUGAGUGAACUCAGUGUCAGGCCUACUGAUGAGAAGAAGACUUAGAAAAUCUGUUUAUUUGGAGUCUAGUUUUACAACUAUGUACUACUGGAUCACUGAAAUUAAAAGAGAAAGGGUGUAUCUAUCAAAAUACCGUAACGGCACCUGUCUUCUUUUUUA